GUCAAAAGCAAAUUAUUCUCAGGUUAUUUAAAAAACACUAGCAUUGGAAUUUUUUUUUUUGAAAAAUAACAAUUCUGGGUAUGAUUUCCUUCUUAAUUAAGAAGGUUCAGAAAGCAACAGUAUAGCCGCAGUAGCAUCAACAACAAAAAUAUUUAGAGUCACCAUUGCUAACUUUUUUUUUUAAAUACCAUGUACUGUAGGAUUUCUCUAUGUUUUGCAUUACGUUACAAAAAGGUAGCUUGUUUUCUGUAAGGUCAUGCUGAACUAUAGCAGAAUUACAGCCCUUUGUUAACGUUAAUGCUUCUCCGGCAGCAAUUUUCAUAAGGAAUUUUCUCCAGGCUUACACAUUGUGUUAGCAUUUGAGAGGACUUGGGGCAAUUUUUUGAUGUUGCAGCGAGCAUCUGAUGAACUUUAAGUGUGUGAACAAGGGAUUAACAAACAUUAACUCUGAUGUGCCACCAGGUGACAUGGAUAUUAGCAGAAACCAGCCACACCCUGCUAUUUUAAAAUGUGCCACUUACCAGGCGUUCAUUCUGAGAGUUAACCCACCGGCAGUGAGAAUUAAAGAGUAAAUUGCCAGCUUGAGCAGUAUAACCAUCUGAUCCCUGUGUUAGCCUCACAAUAUGCUUAACGGGAUUUCCAUCUCCUAGUUCUCCCCAAUCCAAUCGGAUGCACAGUCCUGGAAUAAGGCAGUUCUGGGGGGAACGCUUGCCAACUGCCAGAAGUCCACCGUUUCCGAAAAUCAGCGCGCAGAAGUAACACGAUGCAGCAGAGCUAGGCACUUCUUAGCCACCUCUCCUAUUUCUUUUAGGAACAGGAAGAUUUUAAGUGAAUGCAUCAAGCAUCUUAAAAGCUAACAACAGCUUAGCAGGUUAAAUGUGAAAUAGGUUUAUCAGAUCACUGCAGUGCUCUUCUUGUAAUUAUGUUUUUACAGCCUGGUUAGAGGAUGCUAUUGGAGAAGGGCUUGUGAUGUCAGAGUGGGUAGGGCUUAGGAGCAGGGAUGAGGGCUAAUCAAGAUAAAUUCAAUUUGUAUUUAAAGUAAAGUCAGCGUUAGUUAAGGCAGUUUUUGACAUGUUAAUCUUGAUGUGUUUUAAAAGCUGCCAAUCACAUUACUGAGGCAGCUUGAAAGGAAGACUUCUAGUGAAGGCACACACUCUCGGAGGUUCAUGGUGUCAUCAUUUUUCUCAAGACUAAGGCCUUCACAAUAGAUCAUGACUCCUCGGGAUCACAUGAGAAAGAUGUCUAUGCUGGGGGAGCAAGGAGCUCUCGAGGAGAAGCACUUGUACCGGCUAGCAAGUGGCAUGGCAGCAGGAGAACUGCGGCAGCGCCAGGAGAUGCUCAUGAGGAAUCAGCUGAUGGCAGUAAACCCCCCGCUAAUGGGCACCGGCCAGCAGAGAAUGCAGACGAUUUCCUCCCAGUUCGAGCCUCGACUGGUAGACAGAGAUUUGUUACCUUCCACCGAAAUGAUGGCAUCAGCUGACCCAAGACAAAUUCAUAUAGCAUCCCACCUCGGGCCCACAGUCCCACAGCACACAAACAUGCCAAACAUAUUGUCCAACCGUGUUUAUCCAGGCCCAGGAUACAGCUUUCUCCAGCCGGAAUCCAUGGAAGCUGUGGCCAGAAGGCAGGAACUGGUUCAAAAGCAAAAUAUUGCCAGGAUGGAAAUGGAGAUGAGUGCUCUUUUUCAGCAAAAAGAAAUGGAGAAAGCUCAUCGGAAAGGGCUGCUGGGCCUGGAAGCACCUUUCCUUUACCACGGGAUGCCAGCCAGCCCCAUUGCUUUCCGCGGCAGGCACAGACUACCUGAAGGCCACCUUCCCGGUGACUUAUACGUUCAUCGUACCACCCUCGAUGAAAUUCACGGCAACACUAUGCUCAUGGCAGCCAGCCCGUACCCUCCAGUCGGCGCUUUGCAGAGGGAGAGGGGCCGCCGGCCAGGAAGAAGAGCUGGAAAUCCCAAAAGCACAGACUGUGGUGCCAAUGGCACCAAGAACCAAGCUGAAGACAAAACUGCAGACCUUGCUUCCACCGCAGUGGAUGACGAGAAAGAGGACAAGAAAGAAGCCGAGGUGGAGACACCAAACAAACACGAACAAAGCAAAAAUCAGACCGAGCCAUCUGCAGUUGCCAAAAACUGCAAAGAGUUUGAACAAGACCUGAGGAAAAACUGUGCUGCUCACGAAAUUUCUGCUGAAAGCAACAGCUGCAGCAACACGAAUGAGAAGGAAUCUAAUAGCUCUUGUGCUGCGUUUGAUGACAAGUACAUGUACCCUUCUGCAAUCCCCUUCUCAGCACUACCAUAUGGAUUUCCAGUACCCAGCAACCCAUUGCUAACUCCAGGAGCACAUGGCCUGAUCCUGAAUGGAGAAGACAUUUCUACCAUCGAAGACAUUCGCAAGUGGACUGUGGAUGAUGUAUACAACUUCAUCGGCAGCCUCCCAGGCUGUUCAGAUUAUGCCCAGAUAUUCAAAGACCACGCUAUUGAUGGAGAAACCCUCCCGCUGCUAACAGAGGAACAUCUCCUGGAUACGAUGGGUUUAAAACUCGGACCAGCAUUAAAAAUCCGCUCUCAGGUGUCUCGACGUCUGGGCAACGUGCUCUACAUGAUGAAUCUUCCUUUGUCCGUGCCUCUGCCAUCUGCUCCAGGCAAACCAUCAGACCAGCCCUCCGACAUCGCCUCCCCUCUUCACUGCAACAGCAGUGGCGAUGCACUGGAUAGUCCCUGCUCACAAGGUCCAGAAGCUUCAAAAACAGUGGAGCAGAUCGUUUCAGAAAGCAGGGAAAAUCCGUGUGACACAGCUGGGUCUCAGGCUGACUUCCAGAUGAUCACUUUUCAAAAAAGUUGAGCUGGGUCCAGGGCAUAAAACGUUAUUGCUGAUACAGGAACCUCUAGUUACGAAGUGUUUGCGAGGAUAGCUGCAGCCUGAAACCCCUGCAUGAUUGGGACUGAACGAAGUAAGCUGCAAAUGAUGCAUGAGGCAGUGUGGCAUCUCAAAAGCAUUUUAAAAAUGCGACUACAUAUUAGUGCAAUUACUUUCAAGUGCAAUUCAUUUAAAAGGAUAUCAGUACAGCUCACAGAUACGUUUAAAUUUUCAUUAAAGUCUGGUGUCAUCACUGACAUUUGUCAGAGGCUCGGAGCACUCCGUACAGUUUUGCAGGCUGCUGAGGAACUACAACAAAAAGCUACGGCUGCACAGCUGGCUUCUGCUUCUGUUGAAGCAAAAUUUACACAGAAAAUGUAUACAGCAGCAUUUAUAUCUCCCAAUAGAUUUCAUUGGGAGACUAAGGAAUUGCCUGCUACAGAGAGAGAAAUAUACCCUGGACUCAGCAAUUUGAGUUAAUUCCAUUCCCAUUCUAGAUCGAAGCCUUUCAAAGUGCCUGGGAAGGAGGUAAGGGUAUAGGCAGGGUACACAGAUUAAAUCCAGGACAUCAAAAUAUUGUGUGUAGCUGCUGUUUUAAUUAUUCUGAGGCAUUAUUAAUGUCAGGGCUGGAAACUGCUUUGAGUGACUGCAUGGAUGAGCUGAGUUUAGAGUGAAGCAUAGGCAGAUGCUGCCGUGAAGACCCGUCACAGAGACAGCAACAUCCCUGGAGGAGGCAGGCUGAAAGACUCCUGGUUCCUGCCAGCCUCGCUCCCUGCAGCAGCACCCUUCACCUCUGCUCCCCUGGGCAGGCCACGGACAGCCCUUCACUCAGCGGUGUUCUUCAUAUUGGAAGAGGUCACCAACUGUAGCCUGAAAGCUGUCUUUUCUCUGCAAAACUGUGUUUUCCCCUCACUUCUGCUACCUAUGGCUACUUACCAAUUAUGCUGCCCAAACUUUGCAGCCUUGAGAGGAAGGGCAAGUAUCUAUGGCAUUCUGUUUCUGAAACAGCAGUCUCGUAAAAGGAGUUAAGCCUGAUUCUGCUUUUGCUGAACACUCUGCCACUGACUCCAGCUAUGGCAGUUUGGGGCUCUGUGUGUUAAUCUCCAAAUACUGUACGCAGGGUUUACAUUUUUAGGGUUAACUGAUAAAUUCCAGUAAGGCCUGAUGGACAACGGUGAAAUGCUACGCAGCAAAAUACUCCAAAGUUGCUGGCAGUAAUCUUCUGUGAUCUUGUGAAAUUAUUGGGACUCUUUCCAUUAACACGAGAGUUUGAUUAUGUCUUACACAUCACGUGAGGGCAUCUUUCACAUAAGGAACUGUUUACUGAAUACUCAAUGGCGUUUAGAAAAAGCAAAAUUAUGAGCUGAAAUUGGAAAGCCUGCGUAUAAUUCCAUAAGACUGCCUAAGAAGAGCACAACAGCAUGAUUAAUCUUGGAAUGGCUUUGCUUGGAAUUAGUUUGCUGUUUGCUUUGUCUCAAUGAGUUUCACAAAGUGUCAAGCUCCGUUCUCUUUAUUAACUUUUCUAUAUUUUUUCAAGGCUUUAAAACUUAAUAAGGCAGCUUGGAGAGUUUUUUGUUGAACUUAAUAAUGAAAAAUGUUUACUUUUCCAGAUUCUGGAUAAAACACGAUUUUCAAUGUACAAAAGUCCUGUUUGUAAUGCUUUUACUUGUUAUUUUAACAUGUAACUUCUUAGAUUACUUGCAUCAGAAGAAAAGUUUUACUUUUAUAGUAAUUUAAUUGUUAUCAUUUCCCCCUUUUUUUGAAGUAGAUUCUUCAUGAAACGUUGGUGAAAAAGCAAGUAUUUUUAUAUAGUAAAAGUUUCAGGGACACCAAUUUUGUUUAGCAUCUGAAACAAUUUCUAACUUUAUUGUUGUUGUUGGUUGUUUGUAAAGUUGACUAUCAUAGUGGCAAUGCCGCUUAUCUAAUUAAACACAAUUAACGUACUGGUUUUCCAAUGGCACCUUGCCUCCUCACCGUCUUAAUCUUUAUGAGACCUUCACCCUGAUGCAUUUUAAGGUCAAUUGGGCCACAAGAUGUCGCUGCAAAGCUGCGAGAGGUGAGCCAAAUCCACCCCAAAGUGACACGCAGCACGCUGGGGGUACAGGUGGCCUGUAAAGAGCAAGGAUGUGAAGAAACUGAACUUGGUUUUCUAAAGUAGCAGCAGAGGAGCUUGACUUGAAAUCCCAUAUGCCAGGGAAGAAAGCCUGAAAUCUGGUUCUGAAGAGUGUGACUAUUUUUGUAAAUGGCUCAGAUGUGAACGGUUCCAAAAGCAGAGAAAGCCGGGAUCCAAACUUUGCAGUCUGAUACCACUUUUCCAAUAAAAAAAAAAAAAAAAAAAAAAAAAAAAAAAAAAAAAAAAAAAAAAAAAAAAAAAAAGGUAUGAAAGCAUGUGAUGUGAUCCUGUGCACAUACUGGGCUCUUCUUCCCAAAACUACAAAAGGAAUGACUUCAUGGCUUCCUGUACUGGGAGGAGACGCAUCAGAGCAGCUAAACUGCAACAAGGCCUAGACUGCAUACUGUGCUAGGGGGAAAUAGGAAGGAAAGGGAUUUACCUAAAUGGACAUAAUCUUUUCUAUUUCUAACGAAGGAAAUACCACUAGUAAUGAAAGUUUCCUCCCUGACAAACACUUCAGAAAGAAAGAAAAGCAAAACAAAACAAAAAUAAGGUUAAAAUUCAAUAUAUAGAGAGAGAAUCAGUAGACAGUCAUACUUUCAUUUUUGUUUUGUUUUCAGGUGUUAUGUUUACACUGAAACACUCGAGGCCUUGCUGAUUCUCAGCAUCU